AGCUGUUGGCAGCUCUCCAGUCCAUUGCCGCUCUAACAAGAUUCCGGGAUCGCAGCAAAUGAUGGCAGGUGAGACCGCCGCCAAGGGAACCAUGGGCAUUUUCAUCAUUUUUGUGCUCUCUCGCGCAUUGCAUCCCAUGGUCAUUGACUAUUCCAAGGAGGAUGGCAAGAUGCUCUACUCCAAGAACUCUCCUGCAAUCAUGAGUCAGCUCCUCUCGAUGGUCUUCGUGAACUUCUUGGCUUGGCAGGAGGAGGGCAUGAAGGGUGUGAAACCUGCAUGCUGGCAGAUUCCCAAGGGCGCUUCGAUCUUCAUCCUCAUUGGUCUCUGGUAUGCCUUUGGCGACUUCUUGGAAAUGCUUUCCAUGGGUGCGAUGACGGGUGGCGUGUACCAGCUCUUGCUUCAAUCCAAGCUCUUGAUCACUGCGGUGAUGAUGAAGCAGCUGAAAGGCACCACACAGAGCGACCUCCAGUGGAACGUGCUGAUCGCUGCCACCUUAGCGAUCUCAGCCUUCGUCAUGGUUGACUCCGGCAGCGGCUCGGGUGAAGGCUCCCUUCCUCUCAUGGGCGUUGCCAUGGUCCUCCUCAAGGUGGGAGUGUCAUGCUACGCAGCCGUGCUUUCCGAUGCGAAAUUGAAGGGCUUCAGCAACAUGUCCAUGUCCGCCAAGCUCUCCUUGAUGUCGCUGUCUCGUGUGAUUGCUUCCGUGGGCAUUGCUGCAGUCAUGGAGCCCAGUGUGCAGCCAUCAUAUCAGUGGAGUGCAGCUGGAUUCUUUGAUCACUGGACGUUGGCCACCUGGAUCGUGACGGUGUCCUUUACCUCCAAGUCCUUGAUUACGCUCUACUUGUUGAAGUCAUUGGAUGGCAUCCAGAAGAACGUGGGCGAAGCCUUGGCUGUCAUUGUGAUCUUCCUGGGACAGAUUGCCGCCGGCUCCUCCGUCUUCAACCUUUGCGCCUUCUUGCUGGCUUGCUUGGUGGUGAUCCUGGUGCGAAUCUAUGGCUUGGCUGGCAAGGUGAAGGCCAAGGCAAUCGAGAUGCCAAAGGCCAAGGAUGCCAAGGUCACAGAGGUCAAGGUGGUGGAUAUCAAGAACACGAACUCUCCAGUUUGAGCAUGAGAGCGGAGCGAGCUGACAGCAACUUAGGAUAGAUCAGGGCUUGGCUUGACGUCUACAAAGGGAUGAUGCCCGUUUUCUAGCCCCAUCUAGUCCCGGAUGGCUUCUUUGGCCUCCAGAAAAGUCUUUGUCACUCGAUUCAGCCUUUCGGGGUUGCGUUCCAAAUUUUGGCACCUUUUUCGCAGCGACCAGGGAACCAACAAACAUUGCUUUGGUUUCCUGUUCUUUCGCUGUUGCAUAGGUAGCCGCUGGUCGUUGGUGGCUUAAAGUCAGGCCAUAUGGCUACCUAUGGGGCAUUCAACGACUGUCCGGUCGUUGCCCAAACCUGGAUAGAAAGCUCCUUCGCGACAAACACGUGCAGAGGGCUCGUUGAAGAGGUGGUGAGUUUGAGUACCAAUCCAAGUUGAAUUGGAACAUAUUUCGAUAUGCUGGCACAUCAUUGAGCAUGUCCUUCUGAGGAAUUGAAGGCCUGGAAAGGGACAUCCACUGCGCUCGCUCCAGAUUCUUGAUUCGAUUCUAAGUGUUGCACACUGAAGGAUGGAAUUCAAUAAGGCAGGCAGCACAUGACGCAGGCACCUCCUAACUGAC